UUCGUCUUUCGCCAGGACUGGCCGGUCGGUGCCAUUGCUCUUAGGGAUCGCCGUUACUUGGAUUUAUCUUCGAACUACCGGCAUUCGGGAAGGCGUUGCAGUGCUCACACUCGCGAAUUUACUACACGUUACUGUGCAGUCAUGAGGAUCAGAAAGGUUCCGAAGGCCGAAGUUGAGAAGCCUGCCACAGAUUCGAAGGAGGAGGAAGAGACCAAUGGGGAAGCUGUUCCCCCCGCUAAGAAGGCUAAAGCUGAGCCGGCCAGGACGCGUCCCCAGCGUGAGAACAAGUCAGCGGGUGGGCGGCGUGUGAGCAGCCUGGAAGCGGCCGCCAAGGAGGGCGAGGCUCUUCUCAAGGAACUUGGCCACAAGGACAGCAGCGACCCCGACAGCGGCCGCAGGCGCACGCGCUCACAGACGCGGGGCACCCCACCUGCUCCCCCGGCUCGGCAGCAGCGCCAGACGCGGGCUGAGCGGAAGACCCCUGCUAAGCCAGCGCGUGGGGCCAAGAAGGCUGCGGCCUCCAAGCGCAGUAAGAAGGAGGAGAGCGAAGAAGAGGAGGAAGAGGCAGCGUCUGCCGAGGAAGCCUCGACGACAGCUGCCAACGAGGAUGAGUCAACUGACGACAAAGACAAAAACGACGAGAAGGACGAGGUGAACAACGACGACGGUGGAGGCGAGGCUCGGCAAGUGGCUUCCGAAGAUGCCAACACCGAUCACAACGAGCCCGAAGUCAACAACAAAGAAGAGAAGGCAACCACAGACGGUGGCAGCAAGGCAUCAGCCACGACGACGGCAGACUCGAAAGCGGAUGCCGAGCCCCCGGUUGCCAAGGAGAACGCCCUCGCAGGGGACAGUGUCUCGGCGCCGGUGGCCACCAAGCCACCAGAGGAAGUGGCUGCUUAGUGUGCACAGUCCCAAUUGCUGUGUUUCCUCUGGCAGGCAUCGCGCAUCCCCUUUCAGAUCACACAUUUCUUGCAUCAUCCCAAUGUGAAGCCUGUUUGUUGGAGUCCUUGAGGGCUUCUGCCAUGCAUUAGCAAUUCACAGGUCCUCCUCUGGUUCUUCUGUUUGAUGCAACAUUUUCAGCUUGGCACAUCGCAGCAGUGACUGACGUGGGAAUUAUCUGGCUGCACUUCACUCAUGCUGCCCCCACCAGUCUUCACUAUGAGGGAAGAAGCAAUGUGUGUAUUUAUUUGCAUUUUCAGUCAACUCCAACCAUGGGUGUAGGUUGCAGUCACGUAGAUAGCUGCCUGGGUAAAAUUUUCAGGCUAGCAGUGAGUAACAGGGCAUGAGCUCUGGUUCCCACUUGUGUCAUUUACCUGCGACAAGGCCUAUGAUGAUUGCAAGUGAUGUGCUUAGUACAUAAGGCUAAGCUUUUGGGCCGGGCACAUUCAGUGAACUUGCAGUGCUGCUUUGACAGUAAGCUCUACGUAUCGGUAUGACAGCAACAGCUGCCAUUUACUUACGCUCACUGGCGCUGCUCUCUGUCAAUUGUGCCUAUUUCAAAAGCUUGAAUAUGAAACUAAUUGCACCUUCACUGGCUUUGAUUAUUGAUAACAGUUUGCUUGGUUUUAUCGGCUUGCUUGAAACAUGAAGCUGAUAGGCACUCUAAUAGCAGCAAACAGGAAUUACAUUGGGAUUACAUUGAACAAAAGGACACCGGAGCCAUAGAUUUGGUGGUCAUUUAAUGACCCAGUCAUCGUUUUUUUUUUCUUUGAAAACUUGUCAUUGGCUGCUGGAAAGCCAAACUUACGCAGGAGUUGUUUACAUAAAGUCCUCAGCUUGCCUUGAAUUUUGAUCAGCUCACGGUGUAUGCGUUGUCUAUCUGCUAACACUCAGUGGCAAGCCUGGUCUUGGUGGCACCAGCUUGUGAAGAGUUGAUGUGUGGUGCGGGUUGACUGUAUGUGUAUUUGUUAAGUAACGUUUAACGUGCUUGUUUUCGAUAUUCAUCCACAAGUCGUGUUCAUUCUUUUGUUUGUUUCGUCCUACAGUAAGGCUUGCAUAAUGAGGUGUGGCGGGGAAGCAUGUCAAUUUUUCUCAUAAUAUUUUUAAAGUAAUACUGUUUUUAAUUUACAAUUCAUAGCUCUGUCAGACAUUCUUUCUGAGUGCUGGUGGUUGUGCUGACUCAAGAUAGCCAGCUUCUAUUAUGGACAGAAUGAACAUGCAGAAUGUGUGUUGCAAGUUGCGGGUAAAGGAUAUUUCUGUGAGGAAGGAGAGCAGGAAGAAACGCGUACAGCCAUCAGCACUGGGGCUACUUUCUGGGCAGUCAUCUCAGUUAUUCAUUCGUUGUGCCCCUUUUGUGACUGCAUUUUAUAACCUUCAUGCUCCCUGGUAAAGAAUACUCGGGGCAUCAUUGUCGUAGUUGUCAGAAAGCUGCGUUUUUUUUCUUUUCCAUAGAUUUGCUUUUCGCAUUUGAAUGGUGGUACCAAAGUCGCACAAUCCUCCCAGCUUAUUCAGUGUGUUAUUUUGUCAAGAGGCAGGUUUUUGUCGAUCAAAAGUUUAGGUAGAUUUUAAGGGACAUUGCCGGCUUGGAACUUACUUCUCUGAGGGCUUAAUCUCAAAUUCUUAAUUUGGUUCACAGUAGCUUACAUAACAAUACAGGACUGCAUGCGUUGAGGUGGCAGAACUUUUUUUGUUUAUAUCUUCAGUGAUCUUGAUCAAUCUGCAUAGGAUUAUGCAGUUUUUUCUGCUGAUUUCAAAUAUUUAAUAUGUUUUCCAGUUUUGUUCCUGAGAUAACAUGAGUUCAACCACUAUUGUUUAAGGCUGCCAUAGAAAAAAAUUGCUUAAUUAAAAGUGAUAUUUAAGAUAUGCCAACAAAGACUAAUGACUAUAGAUUGAAAGUAUGCAAGUUCUUUUUGUUUUUUGCCUUUUCGUGGCUAUUCUAUAGCAAAAUGAACUAUCCAUUUUCAAAAGCAGUUGAAGUUGUGUUACAAUUUUGAUGAGUAAUUGAUUAAAAAAGAUUGUGGUCUAAAUUCUGCUCCCACACUUGCAUUCUACACACAUACAGGUUUCCAUUGCAAAAAGUGUACUUGCCCUAGCUGCAGAGAUAUUGAGGCCUCAAAAUUGAACAGUCGUGAAUUUACUUUAUGAGAAAAAUAGAAAAAACUGGAAACACACAGCCUCUUCAAAAAGCAACAAUCAUGGCGUGCAUGUUUUGCAAUCAUCAUAAAGGUGCUCAUAAAUUCGUAGCAGAGCUUCUAAUACAGGUGCCGGCAAAAUGUAAAAAAGCCUCUAAGUCGGUUCCCUAUUUUUUGCAAGUUCUGCAUGUUAACAGCACCAAGAAUCUGGACAGUUAGAAUGACAUUACAAAGAAAUUACCCAUUUCCUGGUAUGAGAAAAUGUGCAGAUAAAAAAAUACUUGCAGCAACCAAAUAUGUCAAUAAUAAUAAAUGAAUUUAUUGGUCACUUUUCUGUCCCAAAGACCAGUCUGCCCCUUAACUGGCUUGGGCUAGCUUACGGCCCGCUGUUUACCACGCAGCCCUUUCUGGAAGCUGGGACUCCGAACAAAAAUGUUCCUGCCGGCAGACUGUAAAUACAUGAAUUUGCUUCCUCACCGCCUUCAUCAAUUUAAUUAGAUUGGCUUUUGAAAAUGCUCAUUUAGAGCCAUGUCUGAUUAUACUAAAUGUCAUUCUUUCCAGGCACACCCUGUCUAUGCCAAACCCCCUCCUCCCUUAUUUUUCACCCAUUCAUUGAGAGUCGGGAAUAGUAUGCGUGUGGACGUGUGCAUUUGUGCCGCUGGCUAGUGCAUUGUUGCGGAAAAGCUGCGAGUGUUUGCACACUGCUGCUUUUGUGCAGAGCUCAAGUCUUGAAAGCCUCGGCAGUGGGUUGCGAAUGCUCUUUGGUCGUCUGAUCCCAAGCCUGACUGUGUGGGUUUCGUGAACUGACAGUGGCAGCCUGCCCUAAUUAAGUAAUGCAGAAAGUCUGCUUUCCGGACCGAUUGUACAGGAGCAAGACACGUGUAUUUUGCGGCCUCUAUGUCUGUGACUGCUUUGUCGUACAAGUGAGGAAAAGAUUUUCUAUACAGGAGUGUGUAAUCAAGCUCUUGCUUUUUGUUGUAUGGUUUUGGUCGGUGGUUUUUCUACGCUGUGCUGUCUGUGAGCUCACGUGUGCCAAUUGCGACUGCAAAAUGCAGUGGCGUAGAGUCAGACUGGCUCGGAUGGAUCUCGCGGCGCGUUUUGCCACAAACCCUUUGUGUAAUGCCUUUCUUGGUUGCAUGUGGUGCCUGUGACCACCAUUGAGUCUCUCUGCUGACCCAAGAAAACUAUUCCCUUUCACUUUGUAAACUCUUCAUUGAUUUUCUAGUGGUUUACCGUCGUAAGCUCAGUGACCUCACACUUUGGGAAAUGUAGUGUACUUUCUCAAUGAAUGUGUCUAGACUAGGCUGAAAAAAAAAAAGCGAACGAGGGCACUAGAUUCUGUUCUUGCACAAGUACUCCUGUAAUAAAAGCGGUUACCCAACAGAAUCUUAGCGCUUUGCAUAUGCAUUAAGGGAAACACAGUGAGCAUUAGGGGUAUGUUCAUGAUUGCCAUUUCUUUACCUGGACAUGAAGUUGUGAAAUUCGGGGAGUACUUAGGAGAAUGGGGAUUUUUGUGCUGAACCUAGCUCCCUUGACAUCAACGUUUUGACCUUCUUGAAAGCUGUAAACCUUAGAAAUGUUUACAAUGCAUGAGCGCAUGUGUGGAGCCCAUUUGCUUGCUGUGACCACUAUUUUUGCACGUGCGCUCAAACGGUGUAGUCAGUAAUUGUCUUAGCUCUUCUUGCAUCCUCCCGUCCGAGUGCAUCACUAAGUGGCUUUUUCGACCUGCUCUCAUUCCUGUUCCUACAGCCAUGAGUUUCUUUAUUUUUGUGGUCAUAAACGUUCCCAUUGUUUUGGUCUUUCAUCAUUUUGUUUUCUUUUCAUUCAUGAUAAUGGCAAAUGUAAAUUCACAAUAAAGUUUCCAUCAAAGUA